GUUAACCCCUCUCUCUCUUCCAAAACUUUAUCCUUUCAUCAACUCUCUCUCUCUCUCUCUCUCUCGCUAACUCUCCACAGAAGCCAUGGAAAGGCUUCUAUAUUCAUCUUCCCCAACCCAUCUCAAGUUCUCGCCUCUUAAGCCUCCACUGGCGCGUUUUGACCCACCGAAACUCGGUCUUUUCCCUCUUUCACGGCCCGAUUCCAGGCGGUUCAGCUCAAUUUCGUGCAAAAAAGAGAAUCCAUCUCAGUUCUGUUAUUCUUCUUCGUCAAAGUUGAACAAUUUGCAGUCUACCUCUUCUUCUCGAGAAGACUCACUGGGUGAGUCGAUACCCAGUGCUCCUUCUGUCAAGCAGAUCGCUGCAAGUGCUGUUGGACAGAAAAAGGACUCAAUUCUUAAGGCAAUUGCUGCUGGAACUUUUGCGGCACUCUCUGCUAUCAUUGUGUUCUUGAUCCAGCCAGUUUUUGCACCAGCAGCUUUUGCAACAUUUCAAACUGCUGCUAAGACCGGGGGUCCUGCGGCUGCUGCGGCCGGAGGCAGGCUGCUCCGGACUGAAUUACUGAGUAGUGCUUGGACUGGUUUCUUUGCUGGCUGCUUACAUACCCUUUCAGGGCCAGACCACCUUGCUGCUUUGGCUCCACUGUCAAUUGGCCGUACUCGAUUGGAAAGUGCUGCAGUUGGAGCCCUUUGGGGCUGUGGCCAUGAUGCUGGUCAAGUUAUAUUUGGGUUACUAUUUCUGCUUCUGAAGGAUCGGCUCCACAUUGAAAUCAUCAGAAAUUGGGGCACAAGAGUGGUAGGAUUAACUCUACUUGCUAUUGGUGCUAUGGGUAUUAGGGAAGCUUCGGAAAUCCCCACUCCAUGUGUUGCCCUUGAAAACGGUGAGUGUGAUGUUAGUGUCUAUGAAUCUCUUGAAAACCCUGCUGUUGUAAAAAAGAAGAUUGGUCUUGCUACAUUUGCCACUGGAAUUGUUCAUGGUUUCCAACCAGAUGCUCUGAUGAUCGUCUUGCCUGCGCUUGCUUUGCCUUCACGCUUGGCUGGUACUGCUUUUCUCAUUAUGUUCUUACUUGGGACAGUAGUUGCAAUGGGAAGCUAUACAGUAUUUCUAGGUUCAUGUAGUCAGGCACUAAAGGAUAGGGUACCUAGAAUCACUGAGAAACUCACAUGGGCAUCUUCCAUUAUAGCAAUGGCUCUGGGAGUUGCCAUUCUCAUUAGCCAAUUUUUUGGAUUUAGCUUGUAUUGAUCCAUCUGACCCAGUAUCAAAAUCUGCAUUUUGGGAGUCUUCUUACUACUAGACAGAUAAUAGAAAGAAUUAUUCAAUUUGUUCAACGCAAGAGUUCAACUACGCGAAUAUCUUAUCUAAAGAGAGAAAUAUCAUCCUUAUUUUCCUGUUCUGAUUUGAGUUGUAACCUUUAAAUUAUAAGGAAACCUCCUGCUCUUAAAAAAUCUUAGAGAAAUUCUUUUA